AUGCAAUCAUUGAAUGAUUUAAUUGAUGAAGUUAACAAAUUCAUUGUAGAAAAGGCUAGAUGGAAACCUGUUGAUGUUACUAGUAGUACUGCUGAAACAAUCAAUGAUUCAAAACAAGCAACAGAAAGUUUGUUGACUGAAACAGAAAAGAGAGAUGGUGAUUAUGAUAAUGAAAGUGUGGAAGAAAAAAUUGGUGAUAAUAAAGCUGCUUCAAUUGUUCCUGAUACUGCUAUUCCAAUUUUGACUGCAACUACAACUGUAAUUGAUCAUGAUAAUGAACAUAAUGAAAUAGUAAAAGAACCAAAUUUAGAUUUAAAUCAAAAAUCGGACAGCUCUACACAAAACAUUGAUGAUGAUCAAGAGGCAUUUUCAACCGAAAAGGAUACAACAACUUUAGAUGAAAAAGAUAUAGACCCGGAUGAAAAAGAUGCAGGUUUAAAUGAAAAGGAGCCAAUUCCAGAAGAACCAAAAUUAGACCCGAAAGAAGAGUUUGAAAUCUUUACUGGAAAAGUUAAAGAAUUCCAAGAAAAUGUCUUGGAACCAUUGAAAUCAUCAAAUAAAGACAUGGUUUCAACAAUCAAAAACCUACUAUCAAAAAAAUGUCCAAAACAUUUAUCAGAUCGUCAAUCAGAUUUUGAAAAGAAAUUUGAUUAUUUGAUGGAUAGAGUGGAGCUAGGCAAGAAUGUUUUGGAACAAUGUGAUGCAAUCAAUGAUUUCUUGAAUCAAGCCAAAGAUAUUAUUGAUUGGGUGAAUCCACAUUUGGAAUUCCUUGGUAAAAUAUUGAAAGAUGAUACUUUGGGUGAACUUAAUGAAGAUAAAUUACAUGAUUUAUUGGAAGAAGUCAAUAAAGUUGAGUCAGGAAAACAAGCUUAUACUGAUGUCUAUGAACUAGCUAAGAACUUGGCAACAGUACAACUUAAAAAAGCAGAAAUUGAUGAUUUAUGGCAAGAAUUACAAGAAGCUAUACCAAAAACCAAACAACAAUUGGAUCAAGCAUUGCAAAUAGUCGAUUUCAAAGAGAAAAUCAAAGAAACAAUCUCCAAGGUUGAAAACUUAUCUGACAUAAUAUCAUCUUCAUUGGUGGAUCAAGUGACAAAAGACAAUAUCAAUGAUUGGCAGACUGAAUUGAAUGAUUUAGAACAGACAGAACUAUCCUCAUUGGUUAAACUUCAUGACAAUAUUCAAGAGAGUCUUUCAACAAAUGAUGGUGCAAUGAACAAGAAGGAGCGUGCUAUCCUUGAGAAUUUAUUAAAAAGUGUUGAAGAUAAGAUCAAUGAUCUAAAGAAAUUGAUGGAUGAUAAGAUCGAUGAGGUUGAAGCACACAGAUCAGCAGAAAUCACUGGUGCAUAUUUGACUAGAGUUAAUGAUUUACAAAGUUGGAUUAAGGGGCAAUUUGAGGAUUUUCUUAGUGGUAAAUCACAACAUGAUGAUAAUAGUUCUGGAAUCUCGUUACUCACACAUAUCGACACACCCUAUAAGCCACCAUAUACAUAUGCUUCGUUGAUCGGUCAGGCAAUCUUGACUUCACCAGAUAAAAAAAUGAAAUUGAAUGAAAUAUAUGCGUGGAUAAUGACUACAUAUCCAUUCUAUAAGGUGGAAAAUAAAGGGUGGCAGAAUUCUAUUAGACACAAUCUUUCAUUAUAUAAUGUAUUUGUGAAAGAGUUAGAUAAUAGUAAAAGUAGCAAAAAAGACUGUUACUGGACAAUACCAUCAGAAUAUCAAUGUGCUUUUGUAGACGGUGUCUACAGACACGAUAGGAUUCCCAACACUUCAAAACGAACAAAAAGAUCUGAACCGGAAUCAAAUAAAGAUUAUGAUUUUGCUAGUAGUGGUAUUCACAUUCAUCAAAAUAAUCCUGACGAAGAUAAUUCUUUAAUCGUCUCUAGCAAUAAUUUAACAACGGCAGCACAAACCCAUCCUCCACCAACUCUGACCAUUACCAUCCUACUUCUUAAAAUACGACAAAAACAAAGUUUAGGAUCAACCUCUCCAAACGUGUAUUUGCCAUGUUCACCUUCCACCAUGGUAACUUUUAUUUUCACUGGGCAUGAAUUAACAAUUCUUGCUACUUCAACAUCCAAUGGUAGUAAUAGUGGCAAACGUAGUGAAGAACGUGUCAUAUUAAACGUUGGAGCACAUCCUGAAACCCUUCUUGGUACAAUGUUUAAAGAUAGUAAUAAAGGUCUACUUCGACCUCAGAAUGGAAAUGAAUAUUUCUUUGAUAGAAAUAGUAAAGCCUUUCAUUAUAUUCUUGAAUAUUAUCGUACUGCAAUUUUAGUAACUAGACAAGAAAUAAUUGAGGAGAUGAAAUAUUUUCAAAUACCAUUUGUAUCUCAUCAAAAAAUGUUAGAUGUGAUCGACUAUGCAAAUUGUCUUGAUGAAUUUAUUAUUGCAUUGGAGGAUUCAAUUAUAGAGUUUUGUAAAAAUUACGGUAAAGUGUUAUUUAUAACAUUUAGAUGUUGGGACGUCUUAAGAAAUAAUAGGAAUGUUGAACUAUACAACACAGUGCCAAGAAAUGAAGACCUAAAAAAGUAUCUUAAACCAUUCCAAUACAGUGGAUAUAGAAUCUUGGAAAUUUUUAAUGAAGAGAUUUCCGCUCGUAUAGAAAAUCGUUUUCCUGGUAUAAAAUGUGUCACUGUUAAACACGACGAAAUACUUGAUGAGGACGAUAUAAGCAUUUAUAUCCUAAAAAUUUCUGUUACGCAUAAAACUGAUCCACGUAGGAAAGGAGGGGGUAAAGACGACGGGAGUGAUCAUGAGGUCGUUGACAAACAAAACAUCUCGGAGAAACCCAAUAUUCUUAAAAGAAAAGCAGAUUGGAAUGUUGGUUGA